AUGGAUUCUAUUUCAGGUCUUUGGGACGGAUUUUUUGUGGUGGGGGGAUCUAUCUAUCUAUCUAUCUAUCUAUCUAUCUAUCUAUCUAUCUAUCUAUCUAUCUAUAUGUGGUUGCUGCCGCAAACUUUCUUUAUCCAACACACGGAUUCGUCCCUAUCUGCAACAGCGAUACAUGAACAUACAACCUAUCACCAGACGCAGAUGUCUGCAGCUACCUCUUCUCAAUUGUACUAUCUGAUAUCCACUGGAUCUAGUAUUGCAGUUGUGAACACUCUUCCUGCCAAGAUCCUACAACAAGCUUCCUAUGCAAUAAAUUUUCAGGGUAUAGCCAUCCCGCAUGCGGCUAAAGUCACUAAACCCACGCAGUUGCAGUUGCAGGAGGAAAUAUCUUUUUGGAAACCUGGCAGGGUGCAGAACGGCCUUGUUCAUCACUUGGUUCCUCCAGGAAAUGCACAGUAUCCGACGCAUGCACUGCAGUCUAAAAAGGCCACUUCUGCUACAUCCCUACAUUCUCAAGAGACACUUUCCUCCCAGCCAAAAAAGACCUCCCCUAGGAAAAAUGCUACUGCUUCCACAUCCUCACAAAAACAGUCCUCCCCACCACCAUCUCUUCUCAAGACCCCUACUAUCCAAAAGGUCACUCCCUCCACUUUCUCCCAUUCCUCAAACUCUCUCAGUAGAGAGACAAAAAUGUUACUCCUUGUCCCUCUCCCACUGUCUUCUUUUCAUAAAACUACCUUAUUCCUUUACUUUAAACUGGUCUCUCUCCUUUUCAAAACUAUCUCCCUUUAUUCACUCGGACACUAUCUCUCCUUUUUCCUAACACAAGCACUUUCCUUUACUAUAAUGCUAUUUUACUCUCUUUUUACCUGUCUUUUGCUAAUCUACACCUCUCUUCUCAACCCUAAUCCAAACUCUGUUAUUAUUUCUAACCCUAAUUUUAGCCUCGCCAUAAAACUAUCAUUCUUUUUUGUAGCCCUAAUUCUCUUCUUAACUCUAUUCUUUUUCAUAAUUCUAGCUCACUUCUUUACCUUGACUUUAUCUUUAUUCCCAACCCUAACUAUUAUUUUCCUUAACAUAUCUCUCUCUUUUUCCCUAACACUAAUUCUCAUCUCAUACCUAAUCUCUAUUCAUUUCACUAACCCUAUAUCUUUUCUUUACCCUAACUCUAACUCCAGUUUUUAUUGUCACUCUGACUCUCUUUUUUACCUUACUCUCUUCUUUACUUUAUCUCUUUCCCUUUCUCUAGAUCUUACUCUCUCAUCUUAG